AUGUCGAUGGCAAACUCCAAGCCUGACGUUCCUUCGACGCCGCCCGCCAAGUGGCCCUCCCCGGAGGACUGGCCGGCCUCCAAGGUCCGCCAGACCUUUAUUGACUACUUUGUCAACAGCCCCGGCUUUGAGCACACCUUCUGGCCCUCGAGCGGCGCCAUUCCGUUUGACGACGACACACUCCUUUUCGCCAACGCCGGUAUGAACCAGUACAAGCCGCUGUUCCUCGGCACGGCCGACCCCAAGUCGGAUCUGUCCAAGCUCAUCCGCGCGGUCAACUCGCAGAAGUGCAUCCGCGCUGGUGGCAAGCACAACGAUCUUGACGACGUCGGCAAGGACACGUACCACCACACCUUCUUUGAGAUGCUUGGCAACUGGUCGUUCGGCAACUACUUCAAGGUCGGCGCCAUCACGAUGGCGUGGGACCUUCUCACCCGUGUCUACGGUCUUCCCAAGGACCGUCUUUACGUGACCUACUUUGAGGGCGACGCCGCGCAGGGCCUGGAGCCUGACCUCGAGACAAAGCAGAUCUGGCGCGACAUGGGUGUGCCGGAGAGCAACAUCCUUUCCGGCAACGCCCAGGACAACUUCUGGGAGAUGGGUGCUACAGGCCCUUGCGGACCCUGCUCUGAGAUUCACUUUGACCGCAUCGGCGGACGUAACGCCGCGCACCUCGUCAACAUGGACGACCCAGACGUCCUCGAGAUCUGGAACAACGUUUUCAUCCAGUACAACCGUGAGGCCAACGGCGACCUCCGCUCCCUCCCGGCCAAGCACAUCGACACUGGUAUGGGCUUUGAGCGUCUCGUUUCGGUCCUCCACGACGUCCGCUCCAACUACGACACGGACGUCUUCCUGCCCAUCUUCAAGAAGAUCCAGGAGCUUACCAACGCCCGCGAGUACCAGGGCAAGCUCGGCGCCGAGGACGAGGGCGAUAUUGACACUGCGUACCGUGUCAUCGCGGACCACAUCCGUACCCUCACCAUCGCCAUCUCGGACGGUGGUGUGCCUGACAAGGACGGCCGUGGCUACGUUCUCCGCCGCAUUCUCCGCCGCGGUGUGCGCUACGCGAGCAACAAGUUCAACGUCGAGAUUGGCACUUUCUUUUCCUCGCUUGUCGACACCACCGUCGAGACCCUCAAGGAGAUCUUCCCCGAGGUGACCAAGAAGAUUCCUGAGCUUAAGGAGAUCCUUGAUGAGGAGGAGCAGUCAUUCGCAAGAACUCUCAAGCGCGGCGAGGUCCUGUUCAACAAGUACGCUGAGGCGGCGGUUUCGGAUGGCACCAAGACCCUCCAGGGCCGCGACACCUGGCGUCUGUACGACACCUACGGCUUCCCCGUCGACCUGACCCAGAUCAUGGCCGAGGAGCGUGGCCUCAAGAUCGACGAGAAGGCGUUCGAGGAGGCUCGCCUCAAGUCGCUCGAGGCGUCCAAGGCUGGUAGCAAGAAGGCGGCUGCUGGUGGUGUCAAGCUCGACGUCCACGACCUCGGUGCGCUUGAGGCCAACGACGCCGUUCCCAAGACCGACGACGACGCCAAGUUUGAGCGCGGCGAUGUCGAGGCCAAGAUCAAGGCCAUCUACCAGAACGGCAAGUUUGUCAAGUCAACCAAGGAGCUGCCAGAGGGCGAGGCGUUUGGCAUCCUGCUCGACAAGACCAACUUCUAUGCCGAGUCUGGUGGCCAGGAGUACGACACUGGUGUGAUUGCCAUCGACGGCCAGGCCGAGUUCAAGGUCGAGGACGUGCAGGUGUACAACGGCUACGUACUGCACGUCGGCACCCUGUCCGAGGGCGAGCUUAAGGUCGACGAUGAAGUGAUUGCCAACUACGACGAGCUGCGCCGCUGGCCAUUGCGCAACAACCACACCGGUACCCACAUCCUCAACUACGCUCUGCGCAGGGUGCUCCCCGGUGACAUUGACCAGAAGGGAUCGCUUGUUGCACCCAACCGCCUGCGUUUUGACUUCUCGCACAACAAGGCGAUUGUACCGGCUGAGCUCGGCCAGGUCGAGGCCAUCUGUAACGAGUGGAUCAAGAAGGCGGCACCAGUGUACUCGAAGGAGCUUCCUCUCGAGAUCGCCCGCCAGAUCCCUGGGCUGCGCGCCGUCUUCGGCGAGCGGUACCCGGACCCUGUGCGCGUCGUGUCGAUCGAAUUUGACUUGAACGAGGUUGAGAAGGACCUUUCCAAUCCCAAGUGGGCUGAGUCGUCGAUCGAGUUCUGCGGUGGCACGCACGUCAAGAAGACGGACGAGAUCAAGGACUUUGUCAUCAUCGAGGAGGGCUCGAUUGCCAAGGGCAUUCGCCGGAUUGUCGCCGUGACUGGGCACGAGGCUGCGGACGUGCAGCGCAAGGGCGCCGAGUUUGCGAAGAAGCUUGAGCGUAUUGGAGGACUCGAGGGCAAGGAGCGCGAGGCGGCUCUCAAGCCCUUCAUUCCCGAGCUUGACCAGGCCGGCGUCGGGCUCCUCACGAAGCACCGCCUGGCUGAGCGUCACUCCAAGCUGACCCAGGAGCUCGCGGCGGCUCAGAAGGCCCAGAUGGCCGCGGACCAGAAGGUGCUCACCGACGCCGUGAUCAAGUUCUUCGCUGAGAACCCCAACGAGAACGUCUUUGUCGGCGCCUUCGACCUCGGCUCCAACCCCAAGGUCCUGCAGGCCGGCACUGCUGCCGCGACAAAGGCCGGCAAGGCGGCGUACAUCAUCAGCACGGACCAGGCGGCUGGCAAGGUCGCGCACACUAACGCCCUCCCCAAGGCGACAGUGAGCAAGGCGUUCGACUGCAAGCUCUGGCUCGCCGAGGUGUCCAAGGUCCUCGGUGGCAAGGGCGGCGGUAAGCCCGAGAGCGCGACUGGUGUCGGCUCCAACCUCGACAAGGUCGGCGAGGCGGUCGCGGCUGCCACCAAGAUGUACAAGGACAAGGUCGAGGCGUAG